AUGAAUGAUCUAGUAGACCAGUUAUUUAACGAAUCGAGAUACAACAAAUUUCUAAGACCAUUGUACAACCAAAGUCAGCCAAUUGAGAUCAAUCUCACCCAAUUUCUGUUAGCUAUUGAAACGUUUGACAUAAUUUCGGGAGAGCUGGAUAUUAAUGAAUUCUUUAAAAUAACAUGGACGGAUGAACUUCUUACAUGGGACCCUUAUGUACACCAUGGCAUGGAAAGAAUUCCAUUGCCCAAAGGAAAAUUUUGGAAACCAGAAAUUUUGUUAAGGAGUGGUGCAGCCGCCGACAGUUCUGCAAUCACAGAAUGCAAAUUUUCACCGGCUUGGAUAAGUUACCAAGGCUCUGUUUUGAUGACACCAGCUUGUACCUUCAAGGUUAGAUGCAAUAUCGAUACAACGUUUUAUCCAUUUGACACACACGAGUGUAGUUUUUACUUCAUUGUAUCUAAUCAUGAUUCCACUGAAUUAGUUCUUAAUUCUCCGACUAAACUCUUAGAUACUAGAAAUCUAGAAGAAAAUGGCGAAUGGGAAGUAGAAAAUUUUGCCGAAAAUAUUGAUGAAGGAAAAGAUGAAAAGAUUGAACGGUUGACGAUCCCAAUGUUACGAGCCUCUUUCACUUUGAAAAGAAGACCUUUGUCUGCACUCAUUAACAGUAUGGCACCGUCUCUUCUACUUUGUAUCCUUAAUAUUAUGACAUGUUGGGUACGGCCUGAUUCUGGCGAAAGAUUGUCAGUUGUAGUGACUUUAUAUCUGGCUUUUGUUGUCACAACUACGUCACUCAUGGAUACAGUUCCAAACAAUUCAUUAAAGAUGCCCGUGAUUUCGUUCUUCAUUCUUACUAUCAAUGUUAUUAAUGCAGUCUGUGUUACAUGGAGCAUAUUUGUCGUACAUUUAGCCAAAGUAGAUAUUAUAAGGCGAAAACUUCCAUCUAUUCUCACAAAAAUGGUGAUGAAAAAUAAGCGUAUCUCGAUGUCUAAAAUUAGAAACAAAAUUAAACCUGUCAUUGAAAUGGAGCAAGCAACUAAAGUACAAAACAUUACCGGCAAAGAUGUGAACGAAGAAAAAGAAGAGGAAAGGGGUGGAAAUUAUGAUCAUGAAGACGGAAUAAGUGGACUCGAAUUGUCAUCUAUAUGCAUGAACAUGACAUAA